AUGGUAGGAUUAGUAAGAUUUGAAGCGGAGCUUUUAUUAGGUUACCCUAUGCAGAAGCAUCCACAUGUUAUCUUUGAAGCGCGGACAAAACUGAACAAGGGGUGCGGCAACAAGCUGGACAGAUCGAAACAACGACGCGUCAAGCACAUCUCGUACGUACGAACCAUGCUCGCUGAAGCCCCGGAAUACACUGGCCGGGCAGUAGAUUGGUGGCAGUCCGGUCUCAGCGAGGAAGCCCUAGAAAGAUACAAGAGGGACGUGCGAGAGACAACCAAGUAUAUAGAAACAGCGGUUGUAAUAGAUCGAGCUAUGUUUGAAAGAAGGAAUGGCAGCACGAGGUCUGAAGUCAUCCACGACGGAAUACAAGUUGCUAACAUCGCUGAUUUGUAUUUUCGCACUCUCAACACCCGAGUGUCGGUAGUUUACAUCGAAUCAUGGCAGAGUGCGGACCAAGCGAACAUAGAACGGAAACAGGAUAUAGAUCGCGCCAUACAAAAGUUCAGCGACUACUCCGCUAGAAAGUUGUUCAAGAUUGAGAAGGACACUACGCAGCUGUUGACUGGCCAUAAUUUUCUUAGUGGAGAAAUUGGUAUUUCAGUACCAGAUACCAUGUGCACUCCAAAAUCUGUGGGCAUCUCUGUGGACAGCAAUAGCUAUGAGCCUCACCUACUGGCUGGAACGAUGGCGCACAUGAUCGGGCACAAUAUUGGAAUGGGUCACGAUGACGGCAGAGAGAACUGCUUUUGCCGAGACUGGCAUGGCUGCAUCAUGGCACAGUCUAUCGUUGGAUUGGAAAACGUUCAACCAUACAAGUUCUCAGAGUGCUCCAAAAACGACUACAUCAACGAACUGCGCAUCGGACAAGGGUUAUGCUUGCUCAAUAAACCUAAUGAGUUGGUCGUACAUCGUCAAUGCGGGAACGGUCGUCUGGAUGAAGGCGAGGAGUGCGAUUGUGGAACCAUCUCUGAGUGCCAACACCUCAACCCGUGUUGUGAUCCUUUCACUUGCAGACUGACCAAGGAGGCACAGUGCGCGGAAGGAGAGUGUUGUGAACGUUGUCAGCUCAAGCCCCGCGGGGUUACAUGUCGAGAAGCAACGAACGAGUGCGAUUUAGAAGAAACCUGUACUGGCCUCUCUGGUUCCUGCCCCACUGAUGCAUAUAGGAAGAACGGUGAAGCGUGCGAGUCUGGGAAGGGGUAUUGCUUUGCUGGACAGUGCCCUACAUUAUCUGCUCAGUGUGAAAAAAUAUGGGGCACAGGGUCCAAUGGGGCAGACAAGGAAUGUUUCGAACAGUUCAAUUCCAAGGGAUCCGUUACAGGGCACUGCGGGCAAGACAAUAAUGGAAAUUAUAUGAAGUGUGACACUGAGAAUGUACGAUGCGGCUCCCUACAAUGUCAGUCGGGCAACAGAUACCCAGUGGUCCCGGGAAUGGACGAAUACUACACGCGGACCGUUAUUACUAUCAAGGGGAACGAAUACGAUUGCAAAGCAACCACAGGGCUACCAGAGUACUCGGAGAUAGGUCGGCUGGGGCUCGUGCGGGACGGCACGCCGUGCGGCGACAACCUCGUGUGCGUCAACCAGACCUGCACCUCCAUCUUCCCGUACAUCGACCACACUAAGUGCCCCACCGACCACAACAACAAUGAAUGUUCUGCUAAAGGGACAUGUUCAAAUCUGAACAAGUGCGUGUGCAACCGUGGCUGGACAGGACCAGACUGCUCUCAACCAGACGCUUUGCCACCGUCACCCACGCCCUGGGUACCGGAAAAUGCCACAAAAGCUGCCUACAACAUGACUAAGAAGGAAACACCGUAUGAGAACUACCACGGCUCGAACACGGUAUUCCUCGUGGCGGUGCUCAUGUCUGUGGUAGGGGGGGUAUUCAUAGUAUUUGCCCUGAGCGCUCUCUGCUACAGGUCAGUCGUAGUACACAAAAACUUCUCCCUGUGCCUAAGGAAAAAGAGUACGCUACCGAAGUACGACCCUCCCUACGUGAAGAAACCAAUAGCCAAAAGCUUCGCAGCCGGAUCCACUACAUCGAACAAUUCGCAAGAAGACAUCUCUAUGGAUGGAGGAAAGAUGCACGCUUUUAAUAACACAUUUAGAAACCUUCUCAGCCAGUUAGACGAAUCGAUACGACACAAGGUAGGAAAGUCCAAGCAUUCCUUCAGACGAUUAUUGCAGCUUAUAACGGUCUGGUUCGAAAAUUCGAAAAAGGAACAAAAUUUAAACGAUUCCAAAUUCCUCAGCCGCGGGGACUCCCAGCGCGUGAUCUUCAGACACGGGAAUCACAUGUCGGGAGCUGGCAACACUAGCAGAUAUCCAGAUCACAAACAAAUGAAACGUGUACAUUCCGGCAGUGAGGACGAACCAACACAUUCUGGAGAAGAAGAUAUAGCCUUCAUAGACGUCGCACCCAACUCCAUGGCGAAGUUACCCGAGAAGGGUAUUCUGAAGAAACACGGCUAUGGCGCAGUCGACGGUAAGGACAAGUGGGCUGAAGACUCGCAAUCCGAGCAAUUGGAAGCUGGUUCCCAAUCGGAUGGGCAGGAACCUUCAGGAGCUGUUGCCGACAUGGAAUAUAAAUUUAAGGACCUAAACGGCUACCACGAAAACAUAAUCGUAGCACUUAAAACUGCCGCCGCACAGAGAGCGAGCGCCGGGGCCGCUGUCGGCUCUGGGGACCUUAGAGCUUUGCAAGAAUAUGAAUACAAGCGAGAACGAGCGCCAAGCGCUGAAAAGAUUCACGAGGCAGAGCUUAGGAGGCAGAGGGGUGAUGAGGAAGAGGAUGAGGCUCCCCCAUGUGGUCCCAUCAGGAUCAGGAACUUAGAGGAUCUGAUCCGGCAGCUAGAGCACCAUUCCAGCCGGCACAUGAGUCCCUCUGGCUCUGAAGAUAUCAGGAUGUCAGAGACAGAGGCGGAUAGACACUAUAGAAUUGAUGGGGAAGUACCACCUCGUUGCCGCGGUCGCAUAGGCCCCGGUGAAGAAGAGUCCCGCUUCGGCUACCCACGCUUCCGAGGCAGCGCGCGCCACCACCCUGGCAUGUUUGCCCCGAGCACGUCCCCGGCAUUGUUGGCCCAUGGUGCUCUCCCGGGGCAUGCCCUGGCGGUCGGGGCUCAUGGAGCUCAUGUGGCACAUGGUGCCCAUGGAGCCCAUCGCGCACCCCCUGAUGAUGAUGCGCUUUAUGAGACCGCGGAUGCGGAGAGACUGCGUGACGCUCCCGACAGCGAGAGUGAUGAAUUUAUUCAAGCUCAACAACAGUUAGCCCGGUGGGCGAGUGAAGAGGCAGUGCCUGCGCGCGACUACUUCCCGUCGCCGACCUCUCCGCGCUCUCCGCGCUCCCCGCACUCUCCGCGCUCGCCGGUCUCCCCGCGCUCUCCGACGGGUAGCUCCGGCAGCGAGCGCCCCGCUGCCUUCCCGGAGUACACCCAC